AUGGAGCAAAAAGCAGCCAAGGAUGAAGGCACGUCCAGGGGACAAGAGUCCUACCAGCGGCGGAUGUGGAAGACUUUUCAGGAGAAAACCAAGCCGUGGCUCAGUCCCAAACUGGGCUCGGAACGUCGCGUUAGUGGAGGAGCGGAGGGCACCAAGAAGGAAUCCGGGCUGUGGAUGUUCAAGAGAAAAAAGAAACACUUGGACCGAGUGUUCUCGUCUUCGCAGCCCAAUCUGCGCUCCUCCUCUCCGCCGCUUUCCCUCGGGACCGGGGACAAGUGCGCCAGACGCGGCGACGCGGCGGCCGGGACCAGCCUCGGAGCCGAAGGGCAGCAGCAUCUCGGAGGGGCUUCCGGGAGCACGGGAAGCAAGCCCGAGCUGACGGCCCACGGAAGCCCGAAGAUCCACGUCUCGCAGCUCGUAGCGUCCCAGCAGAAGAGCUCCUCCCUGGGCUCGGCGUGCUUCGAGAAGCUGGUGGUUGAUCCGGCCGUGGUCCUGGUGGAGAAAGAGGCAAAGCAGCGGAAGAAGCCAAGCGAAUCUGGCAUCAAUAUAGUGGACCCUUGUAAUGCAGAACCUGCGCCUCCCAGUCCAGCCAUGUACCAGCUGGACAUUGUCUUAAAGAAAGGCAACAACCUGGCCAUCAGAGAUCGCACAGGAACCAGUGAUCCAUAUGUCAAGUUCAAGAUUGCAGGAAAGGAGGUGUUCAGGAGUAAAACCAUCCAUAAGAACCUCAAUCCAGUGUGGGAUGAAAGAGCAACUCUCCUGGUGGAAAGCCUGAGGGACCCGCUGUACGUCAAGGUUUUUGACUAUGACUUUGGACUUCAAGAUGACUUUAUGGGCUCAGCAUAUCUUUACUUGGAGUCACUGGAACAUCAGAGAACACUGGACGUUACCCUGGACCUAAAGGACCCGCAUUAUCCAGACCAUAAUCUUGGCAGCUUGGAGCUUUCAGUCACUUUAUCACCACGAGAGGGAGACAUGAGAGAUGCAACCAUGCUUUUGAGAAGGAACUGGAAACGAUCUAGUAAGUGUCAGAGUAUGCGCCUCUCAGAUGUCCACAGGAAAGCUCAGCUGUGGCGGGGCAUCGUCAGCAUCAGUCUGAUCGAAGGUCGCGGACUCCAGCCCAUGGAUGCCAACGGCCGAAGCGACCCUUAUGUCAAAUUUAGGAUGGGGCACCAAAAGUACAAGAGCAAGACAAUUCCAAAAUCACUGAAUCCUCAAUGGAGAGAACAGUUUGACUUUCACAUGUACGAGGAGCAAGGAGGCUAUGUGGACAUUACAGUCUGGGACAAAGAUGCUGGCAAGAAAGAUGACUUCAUGGGAAGGUGUACAAUCGACCUCUCCCUCCUCAGUAAAGAACACACACACAAACUGGAGUUGCCACUCGAGGAAGGCGAAGGUGUUUUGGUGAUGCUGGUGACGCUCACAGCCUCCGCUGCCGUCUCCAUCUCAGACCUGUCAGUCAACGUGCUGGACGACCCGCACGAGAGGCACCAGAUCAAGCAAAGAUAUAGCUUGUGGAGGUCAUUGCACAGCCUGAAAGACGUUGGUGUGGUGCAGGUAAAAGUCAUCCGGGCUGAGGGACUGAUGGCAGCAGAUGUCACAGGUAAGAGUGACCCAUUUUGUAUAGUGGAGCUGAGUAACGAUCGGCUGCAGACUCACACCGUUUACAAAAACCUUAACCCAGAGUGGAACAAAGUCUUCACUUUUAAUGUGAAGGACAUUCACUCAGUACUUGAAGUCACCGUUUACGACGAGGACCGAGACAGAAGCGCAGACUUCCUGGGGAAGGUGGCUAUUCCUUUGCUAAAUAUCCAAAAUGGAGAACGCAAAGCCUACGCCUUGAAAAGCAAGGAGCUGACAGGGCCAACAAAAGGGGUCAUCUUUCUUGAAAUAGACGUGAUUUUCAACGCUGUGAAGGCUGGUCUCAGGACGCUGAUCCCCAUUGAGCAGAAGUACAUAGAGGAGGAGCCCAGAGUGUCCAAACAGCUGCUGUUGCGCAACUUCAACAGAGUGAGGCGCUGCAUCAUGUUCCUUAUCAACACUGGUUACUACAUCAACAGUUGCUUCGAAUGGGACUCUCCACAGAGGAGCAUCUGUGCAUUUGUGCUCUUUGUCAUACUCGUGUGGAACUUUGAGCUCUAUAUGAUUCCGCUGGCUUUGCUGCUACCCUUGGCCUGGAACUACAUUCUCAUCACGUCGGGCAAGGAUACAAGACAAGACGUGCAAGCAAUGGAGGAUCUGAUGGAGGACGAGGAUGAGGAUUUUGACAAAGAUGACAGGGACUGUAAACCAGAGGCCGGGGACGACAGCCGUGAUAGAAACCAUAUCCUCGAGGAUAUGUUGUCUUCCUGGCACUUUGAGUGGAUGCUAGCAAUGAUGGACUCUGAGAGAAAGGGCUUCAUGAACAAGCUUUAUGCCAUUCAGGACGUGUGUAUCAGUGUGCAGAAUGCUCUGGAUGAAGUGGCCUCCUAUGGCGAGAGGAUAAAGAACACUUUUAAUUGGACUGUGCCUUUCCUAAGCUGGCUGGCCAUUGUCGCUCUUGGAUUGGCGACCGUCAUCAUUUACUUCAUCCCACUAAGAUACAUCGUGCUAGCCUGGGGAGUGAAUAAAUUCACAAAGAAGCUACGAGACCCUUACACCAUUGAUAACAACGAGAUCUUGGACUUUUUGUCGAGAGUUCCCUCGGAUGUCCAAGUGGUGCAGUACCGAGAGCUGAAACUAGAUCCCAAUCCCAGUCCGAAUAAAAGGAAGAAAAACAACCCCGGGUAGAAGUCGUCCCUGGUCCACUUCCUGUGUGCUGCUCCAUUACUAGACUCAGAGGAGCAGAGGGAGCCGGUCGGAAACCAAAGUGGCCCAAGCUACAACUUCCUCACCCCCCCGCUCCUCACGCCUCUUUCUUGCGCUCUGGUAUCCGUCACAGCUUCUUGAAGUUUGAUUUUUGGAAAAAGAAAUCCCCGUUUUGCUGCUCAUUCAUUUUACAAGAGUGGAAAACAUAAAUGUUACACUAAAGGACAUUCCGGUUUCUCAUUUUGUACCAAAACCUGUUUAUGAGGGGGAAAAAAGCCUCACAACACUGUUGUUUUCUUUGUUUUAGGUUAUUGGGUUGUUAAAAAGGCACGGCAACAUCUCCUCUCACACUAUUGACGCUACAUUCAAUGCGAGAUCUCGACAUUUUUGUUUUUCUACACACACACACACGUAAUGUUAUUUUUUAAAAUACUUUUGAAUCCAGUUUGGCGUCAACAGACAACAACUUCACUUUUCUGGAAUUUUUCUUCAUUAUUUGUGAGUGAUGACUGAUGUUCGGACCCGAGAGAGGGUCCUGGCUCACCAUCUUUGAUGUUGCUGAUACCGUAUGGACUGAGCUCAAGUUCUUCCACACCAAAUGUAUCCAAGCUUGCCUUUAUGGACCUUACUUUAUGCACUGAGGAGCAGAAGAGGGACAUUCUCCAAACUCUUGCCACAAAAAGCAGGAAUCAUUCAGUUGUCCAAGACAUCUAAGUAAAAUGAAUUAUUGAGAUUUAAGAAUUGUAACCACAGCCCAACCAGAAAUCAAUUAAUUUAUGAAGAGGUUGGUGACAUGUUUUUCAUAUAUGUAGGCUACUAAUCCUAAUUCAAUGAAACCUCUGGAAUUAAAACACAAUUCAUUCCA